CCAGUGCCCUCCUCCUAUUUGAAUAAUGACAACAUUGACAGCAUGAAGCCAGAGCACAAGGAGCCCGUAUCCUCGAUUUCGUUGAGCGAUCAGCUCGUAGACUCGUUUCCGAGCAUGGGCACCUUUGCCAAGCAGGCCGCUGCGGACGUGAGCCAGAGGGAGAAGUCCUUCAGCAAUAACUUGAGUCCACACCGCUUCAGCUUCAGCAGUAAUUUGCUUUCGAGACCACCACAAUUCAAGAAGGAGAUCAUCGACCACCCUAGAGUAGCAUCCUACGCCUUCGCGUUUGACAUUGACGGUGUCCUUGUCAGAGGACCCGAGACCCUUUCUCAUGGCGUGGAGGCCAUCAAGUACCUAGAUGGCGAGAACCCUUACAACAUCAAGGUUCCAUACAUUUUUGUCACCAACGGAGGCGGUAAGCACGAGAGCGUGCGUGCUCAGGAUUUGUCCAAAAGAUUACAGACCGAAAUCACCUGCAAUCAGAUUGUACAGGGUCACACGCCGAUGAAGGAGCUGGCUGGCACCUACAAAAACGUGCUUGUUGUAGGUGGUGUCGGCAACACCUGCAGACAUGUUGCCAAGGACUAUGGCUUCGAAAACGUGUUCACCCCUCACGACAUCAUGAGAUGGGAUCCUUCUGUCACACCAUAUUAUGAAAUGUCAGAGGAGGACCUCGGCUACUGCGAGUGUGACGAAGACGUUGACUUUGCCAAAACCCCAAUAGAUGCUAUUAUGGUUUUCGCCGACUCCAGAAACUGGGCUGCUGACCAGCAGAUCAUUUUGGAGCUAUUGAUGUCCAAGGGCGGAUACAUGGGCACGAUAUCGGACACUUUUGAAGACGGCCCUCCUAUUUAUUUUGCUCACUCAGACUUUGUUUGGGCCACCAACUAUAGGUUGGUCAGAUAUGGAAUGGGUGCAUUGCAGGUUUCCAUUGCUGCUCUCUUUAAGGAACACACCGGCAAGGAACUGAAGGUGAUCAGAUUCGGUAAGCCUCAACGUACUACUUUCAAGUUUGCCGAAAAGGUGUUGGACUCCUGGAGAAAGGACAUAUUAGAGGAUCACAUUGAAGAAAUGACAUCCUGUGCUGAUAGCACUACGUUGACAUCCGAUAUCUUUUCCAGUCCAGAUGACUCCAAGUACAAAUCUGUUUUCCCUAGCAGCGAUUCGGAAACAGACGACAGAGAGUCCGAGGAUGAGGAGAACAUUGAUGGGCUAACUAUUCAAAGCUUGAACAAAACACUUUCUUGUCCCGAUGACUUACCUCCACCAUCCACUGUUUACUUUGUUGGUGAUACUCCUGAAUCCGAUAUUAGAUUUGCCAAUUCACACGACGAGUCAUGGUUUUCUAUCUUGGUGAACACUGGUGUUUAUCAGUCUGAAACCACGCCCAAGUACAAACCUAAGAAGCAAUGCGAUAACGUGUUCGAAGCAGUGAAGUUUGCCGUCGAGAGAGAGCACCAAAAGGAGUUGGAAGAGUGGAACAAAAACGCCAUUGAU